UUUAAAAAGUGUUGUUUUGAACGCGUUACAUCACAGCAAGUUCGCCAGACGUCUAAUUGGAUUGCAAAAUGUGCUUCAAAUCACGCAGGUCAUAAAAUUAACCUUGUAAGGGGAAGUAAGGCAGUGUGAGGGCGGUACGCCGCGACCCGUGCUGGACAACCCAAUGGUCCUGGAGCUGAGCGGGCAGGAGGACGCCGACACAGACUACUGCAUCAUGAACUCGGCCGUCAGUACUGAAUCCAUGGAUAUGGCGGAGGAGGACAUGUCGCAGGUAGACGGGUGUGGGCUUAGCGGCGCCUCGGACGAAGACGACGAGUGCGCGUCCUCGCCCGCUGGCUCCAACUACGACGACAGCGCGGACAUCAUCAAAAAUGCCAUGAGCGAUGAAGUAACCAAACAGUUGGCAGCUGCUGGUCCAGUAGGAAUGGCAGCUGCCGCCGCCAUAGCGUCAUCAAAGAAACGCAAGCGGCCACACUCAUUCGAGACAAACCCGUCCGUAAGGAAGCGACAUCAAAAUAGACUGCUAAGGAAACUCAGACAAACCAUCGAGGAGUUCGCGACCCGCGUGGGGCAGCAGGCGGUGGUGCUGGUGGCGACGCCGGGCAAGCCCAACACGUCGUACCGCGUGUUCGGCGCCAAGCCGCUGGAGGACGUCGUGCGCAACCUGCGCUGCAUGAUCAUGGAGGAGCUCGAGAACGCGCUCGCGCAGCAGGUGGAACUAUAUAACGAGCGUCAGUUCGGGCUGGGCGGGGGCCCGCAGGCGCCGGCGCCGCCGCAGGAGGACCCGUCGCUGUUCGAGCUGCCGCCGCUCAUCAUCGACGGCAUCCCCACGCCCGUCGAGAAGAUGACGCAGGCGCAGCUGCGCGCCUUCAUACCGCUCAUGCUCAAGUACUCCAUGGUCCGUGGAAAACCGGGUUGGGGCCGCGAGUCCACACGUCCGCCGUGGUGGCCCAAGGAUCUGCCGUGGGCCAACGUCCGCAUGGACGCCCGCACCGAGGACGAGAAACAGAAGAUGUCGUGGACGCACGCGUUGCGUCAGAUCGUGAUCAACUGCUACAAGUACCACGGCCGGGAGGACCUGCUGCCCGCCUUCACCGACGACGACGAUAAGGGACCGGUCACACAAACCAUGUCGCAGUACGCGCCGGCGGUGCUGCAGACCAUCACGAACCCGGACGGCACGGUGUCGCUCAUCCAGGUGGACCCCAGCAACCCCAUCAUCACACUGCCCGACGGAACUACUGCGCAAGUCAUUCACAGCAGCGAGGGUGGCGGCAGCGUAGUGCAGGCGCUGGAUAGCGAGGGCGGCGCCGUGGCCGUGGAUCUUAACGCUGUGGCCGAGGCCACGCUCAACCACGACGGACAGAUCAUACUCACCGGUGAAGAUGGACACGGCUACCCGGUGUCGGUGUCGGGCGUGAUCACGGUGCCGGUGUCGGCGUCGGUGUACCAGAGCAUGGUCGCGCAGAUGCAGGCGCAGGACCAGGCCGUGUGCGUGGCGCCGCUCGUGCAGUAUUUCAAUCAGGUUGAACAGAAUGGCGAGACGCUGGAGGCGAUAUCGAUGGGCGGCGGCGUGGCGCAGGUCAUGCUGCAGGGCGGUGGCGAGGCCCAGGUGUUGCAGGUGCUCAGCCUCAAGGACGCCUCCGUACUCACUAAAGCCAUGGUAAAGGCAGAGCGUGACGCUGUAGCGGCGGACUCCUAGCUCAGGGUAAUGCUGACGUCGCCGCAGUCGCGCGCGCACUCGCCCAUGUGACACCGGCCGGGGCCCGCCAGCUCUCGCUCCGCUACAACGUCGUUUAAACAUUGAUAGUUUACCGCACCUUAACUGUCGACUCGACUACACGCCAACGCAAUACUUGAGCCGAAACCCUCAACUGUUAUUAUUAUUCUAAUGAAAUAAGGGAUUCCAUUCCUAACUAACCAAACACUUAAAUCGUAGCCGCAGUGAUAGCAGUUCCGGCGUGUGACACGACACGCGUACGAGUCUCUCGAAUUGGACAAUCAAAUGCAGCUAUAAGAACACCAUUUUAACGAAAAGCAAUUGAUGUCCAAUGGUUACAGAGUGACUUUAAAUUGUAGACAUAAAUUUACCAUUAUAAAUAGGCUAAAUUUUGCCAUUAAAUGGGAAUAAAAAUUAAUUUAAUUAUUUCAAUGUAACUUAUUAAUUUAUUGAUAUGAAAAAUAAGACUAAUUUAUUGUAGAUGCAAAUCUAUGUUAGGCGGAAACAGAUUUGUGCAAUAAAAUACCAGUCGCGUUUAUUUUGUAUAGACAAUUCCUUGUGCGACACCUACUAUUUAACGCGAGUACAAGGGGUUUCAUAUAAAUAUACGUAACGUAGUAUAUCAUAAUACAUUCCUGUAAUUUUAUUUGAUGCGAGUUUGUUGUGUACAUUUGUUGUUUAUGUUUAAUUUAUAUCAUAUUAUGUUUGUUACACCAACCAUUUAAUUUAUUCUAGUCUAAUACCAAGUCAACGGAAACCUAUUCUAGUCCGAGUGAAAUAUAGUUAAGAACUUUACCAAAACUUUUCUAUAAUGUAAGUUUUGUAAAAUAUAUGUAAUUUUAAUAGUCCACUGUAAGAUAAUUCGUUGAAACAUAAUUAAUACAAUUCCUGCGCAGGGUUACUACAUAGGUCAUGACUAGCAAUUAUCGGUGUUUAAAAUCUCAAUAAACAUAGACUUGUUUCAAUUUUGUGAUGUCUGUACGGAAAUUGGGCGUAGGCAGUUUCCUAGUGAUUUUUGUCCAACUAUUGGGUUUGUUUUUCAACGAGCCUAUAUUUUUAGGCUUUCCAUGUAAUUCACGUAAACUUUAAGAUUUAUAGUCGGGACUAAUGCAUAAGGUAGAACUCAUAGGAAAGUACAAAAGUGGAAACUAUUAGAAUGUGCGGAAUAAAAUUAAUUUGUUUGUAGAAAAGACAUGAACGAAUAGUAAUAUAUUAAUUUAUUUAGAUUUGUUUGAUUUUGUCCAUAUUUUAUUUUUGUUUAUUUUACCAAAGAAAAGUUUAUGUUUUUUCCUCUAUGAUAGCAUGAUAAAGCACAAUUUUGUUGUUAAGUACAAUUUGUGAUUGUAAAUAUUGGUAUGACUGUGUGAAUAUGGCAAUCAUUAAAGUAUUUACGUACAUAG